UGAUUCUGAGGGAUGGCCAUUCUUCAGUCCCCUCCCAUCUUGUCAGUUUGAGGGUUGGGCAUUGUGGGAAGAGAGCGGACUCUGGCUGACAAAACAGUCCUGCCUUGCUACAGCUAGGCAGAGAACAUAACUCUUGAGCUGGAGGAGGUGGAGGAGGAAGAGAAAGAGGGGAGGAGGAGAGGAAGCUUGGAAUAAGGGGCAGCGCCCCCAUCCUAGUGACAUCAUGCCAGUUGCCACAGCCAAAGUGACAACCAGGUUGGCCCAGAGGGUGACAGCAAAAAGAGCAGCAGUGGCACUGUUGGUGGCAGCAUAUGGUGCCAAGAAGUUGUACCCAAUCCUGCGACGACAGUGGGCUACCUCUAACCUUCAGGUGAACUCUAGGCCAACAGGAAACCACAGUCCUGGAGAGCCAGCAGCCAAGUGGGGGGCACCAGAUGAGUCAGCAGCAGCAUCACCUGGGGUGAACAGAGUCUUCUUCUUUCGCCUGUGGCGCCUCCUGAGGUUACUGUUCCCUGGGCCACUGUGCCGGGAAACGGGGCUCCUGGCCUUGCACUCAGCCGCCCUCGCCAGCCGCACCUUCCUCUCAGUCUACGUGGCCCAGCUGGAUGGGCGUUUGGCCCGCUGCAUUGUCCGCAAGAACCCACACGACUUUACAUGGCAGCUUCUUCAGUGGCUCCUCAUUGCCCUCCCAGCCACAUUUGUCAACAGUGCCAUUCGGUACCUAGAAGGGCAGCUGAGCCUGGCCUUUCGUGGACGUUUAGUGGACCAUGGCUAUCAGCUCUACUUUGCGGGCCAGACCUACUAUCGUGUCAGCAACAUGGAUGGACGCCUGCGCAAUCCAGAUCAGUCUCUCACAGAAGAUCUGGUGGCCUUCGCUAACUCCGUGGCCCACCUCUACUCAAACCUGACUAAGCCGGUGCUUGAUCUCAUUGUGACUUCCUACACCCUGCUCAGUUCGGCCAGAUCGAAGGGCGCUGACACAGCCUGGCCCUCAGUCAUUGCCGGGUUGGUGGUCUGCAUCACCGCCAAAGUGCUGCGUGCCUGUUCACCAAAGUUUGGCCAACUAGUGGCUGAGGAGGCACAUCGGAAAGGGGAGCUGCGCUACAUGCAUUCCCGGGUGGUGGCCAACUCCGAAGAGAUUGCCUUCUAUGGGGGUCAUAAGGUAGAGCUGUCCCUUCUACGGCACUGUUAUCGUGAGCUGGCCUCCCAGAUGAAUGUACUGCUCUUAGAAAGGCUCUGGUAUGUCAUGUUGGAGCAGUUCCUCAUGAAGUAUGUGUGGAGUGCUGCCGGACUGGUCAUGGUGGCUGUGCCAAUCAUCACUGCCACCGGCUAUUCUGAGACAGACACAGAGGCAGUGAAGCAAGCGGCACUGGAAAUGGAGGAGAAAGAGCUGGUGAGCCUGAGGACAGAAGCCUUCACCACAGCCCGGAGUUUGCUGACUGCAGCAGCUGAUGCUACAGAGAGGGUCAUCUCCUCUUACAAAGAGGUGACUGAGCUGGCAGGAUACACUGCUCGUGUGUAUGAGAUGUUCCAAGUGUUUGAGGAUGUGAAACGCUGCAACUUCCGACGUCCUGGAGAGCUUGAGGAGGGGCAGGCUCGUGCUGGGACAGUGAUGAGGCAUGGUGUGCGUGUAGAGGGGCCGCUACAGAUACAAGGACGUGUGAUUGAUGUUGAUAAUGGAAUUGUCUGUGAAAAUAUCCCCAUCAUCACUCCCACUGGAGAUGUGGUGGUCAGCAGUCUCAAUAUCCGAGUGGAUGAGGGCAUGCACCUACUUAUCACUGGCCCAAAUGGCUGUGGGAAGAGCUCGCUGUUCCGGAUCCUGGGGGGACUCUGGCCAACAUAUGAAGGCAUCCUCUACAAACCACCCCCCCAUCGUAUGUUCUAUAUUCCACAGAGGCCAUACAUGUCUGUGGGAACCCUGCGAGACCAGGUGAUCUACCCAGACACCGCAGAGGACAUGGAACAGAAAGGACAGACGGACGCUGACUUGGAGCGGAUCCUAGGCAUUGUCAACCUCAAUUACAUUGUGCAGCGCGAGGGAGGCUGGGAAGCAGUCAGUGACUGGAAGGAUGUGCUUUCGGGUGGCGAGAAGCAGCGAAUGGGGAUGGCCCGGAUGUUCUACCACAGGCCAAAGUAUGCUCUCCUGGAUGAAUGCACCAGUGCUGUCAGCAUUGAUGUAGAAGGCAAGAUCUUCCAAGCAGCAAAAGAUGCUGGGAUAGCACUGCUCUCAAUCACCCACCGACCUUCACUGUGGAAGUACCAUACCCACCUCCUCCAGUUUGAUGGAGAGGGGGGCUGGCAUUUUGAGAAGCUGGACCCUGCAGCCCGUCUCUCCCUGCGGGAGGAGAAGCAGCGCCUGGAGCAGCAGCUGGCUGGGGUCCCCAAAACGCAGCAGCGUCUCAGUGAACUUUGCCAAAUCCUGGGCGAAGACAGGGCCUCUGCAGUGGGACAGGUCUGAGAUCCAGGCGCCCUGAAGUGUCCCCUCCCCAUUUCUGCCUGGCUUACUCAGCCAAGUGCUCACUAAGAGGGAACCUGGCUGUUCUGCUGUCCUCGGAGCUGCACAAGAUGGCCAGCUAUCGCCCUGGCUACUGAAGGAGGAGUCACAUUUUCUCCACUGGGGCAUCGCUGAUUUCUGGCACCCAUUUACUGUGCCCUUCAUAACCUUCUCUCACUUAGCCUGCACACACAUACACAUACAGACACACAGAAUGGCUGAACAUCCCAAAAUGCCAAAGCUCCUCAUUGAUGUGAGUUUUGUUGCCCCACUGCCAGUCUCUGUCUUCAUCCAUGAAUAUUUUGGAGUGAGCUCCCAGCAUCAGGCACCACUCCAGAGGCCUAGGAGUUUCAGCUGGACCAGUCGUACCUUUCUUCACAAAACAGCUGCACAAAAUGUGAUAUGUAUCCAAGCCAAGCUCUUGCGACUCUUUCCCCUUGUGCUCCCUUUUUGCUGCAAACAUUGGAAAGUGCAACACCAAACCUCCCUCUCCCUGCCCCCUCUCCCUGAACUCAAUUUAAGGAAGGUUGCCUCCUUAUCUAGGCAUCGCUUGGGUGAACUGACAGCAAGGGGAGCAAGCUAAGAAAUGUAGAUUGUUCUAGAUCAGUAAUGUUCAGCUGUGUCCCUGCUGUUCCUCAAGCUUAGAAAGCAUUGCUAAGUGAGAAGGUGGGUAAGCAGUGCAGUGCAAGUGGUCUAAAAGACGCCAUGUCCACAAUGAGCGAUCUUCUGCAGCUGUCUCACAAUUUGGGGAUCAUUCUAGGAGCAUUCUGCUGGGGCUAUAGCUCAUGCCUGCCUGUUGCCCAGUACCGAGAGCAUGCCCUAAAAUGCUUCCCCAAAGCCUCUGCACUGCACAGGAAUCCCAGAGUGGACAUACAGUGGAUCCUCAGCAGAUAAACUGUUACAGAAACUGUUUCCUAAUGUAGGAAGUCUUGAAAACCAGAGUUCUAGGCUGACUUGGGACUCCCUUGUGUGGCCACAGUGCUGCUUAUAACAUAAAGUCCUUCCUGAGACUUCUAAUUCCUAGCUUCUAAUACUCUUUUUGGAGAGAAAUGCCCCUUAAUUUUGAAAUGCCCUUUAAUUUUGAGGGCUGGCCUUCCUGAUGAAGUCAAAGGAGUGCCCUAGAGAGGCCACAGCAGAAUGCCUGGUGGCAUUUUCUUCCAACACCUAUUGGAACUUGUUAACUUAUUUCCACACACCCAUCCUUCAAAGCUAGUGCUCCUUGAAAUGUAAGGGGGUGCAGGAAUCCUCCUGGGGUUAUUUUCUCACAUCAGUUCAACCCGUUGUCUAAAGCAGGGUGUGUGUGUAUAUAUAGACUUAUUUUUGUACGCAGACAAUGAGGCCUCAGCCAAUGAAGUUGCAUUGGUUCAACUGUACAGCAUAUCUCCACAUUAGGAGGAGUGUGUCAACUCAGGUCUCAGUUAUACCAUGCAUCUCUUUAUCUCUUCCCAUGGGCCAUGUGUGAUGUGACUGAGAGGGAUCAUGCAGGGAAAAACCAGCUGUGUUAUCUUUUAUAAGAUGUAGAACUGGUGGUGGCUGUUAUGCCAGUGUUGGUCGGCUCACAGAUGCAACUACAACUGAGCCAUCAUUUAAUUAUUCAUGAAGGUGAUUGCUGCUGUUGCUGCAGCUGCUGCUUAAACAUUCGCUGCCAGUUGUGUUUUCCAUGUGAAAUAACAGACCAGCAAGCUAUUAAUGAUGUGUGCUCACAUGUCCUUUAAAUGCAAAUUUGGCUACAACUUUUUUUUAAAUUCUAAGCCGCCAGCUUUGAUGGUUGUGGUCAGGAUUUGUCUCAUGUAACUAAGCAAGGCCUUGGUUCUCUCCCCUCUGCAGUUUUGCAUGGGCAUUUCCUCUUCCUAAACUCCUCUUCCCGUUGUUGUUGCUUCCAAGCACACGUCACUCUGGUGUUGCUCAUCUUUCUGAGAAGGUGAAGAAGAUGCAUGGUCACCUACUGGAAACAGACCCAUUGCUCUCCUUUUUCUUCUCAGUGAAGCAUCUCACACAGGCUGCACUCAUGUGGCCUGCCAAGCUUGGCCCUUGACAACCUGGAAGGGCUGGUGUCUGCAUAUGACCUCCUUGGGUCGCCAAUUUUUUUGCCCUCCCAUUAACCUCCCAUUCAUAGACUCAUAGAUUCAUGAUUUAGCAGCAGUAGCAGCUUGGUCUAGGAAACUACCCACUGUGUUAAAUUUCCCACAGUGCCUGACUUAGCACCACUCUGGUGCAUUGUGGGAACUUAACAUGCUGCUGAUGCCAGGUAGGUCCCUAGCUAGAGAGCACACUGGGAGAGGGGACCCUUCGCAUGGGAGCCCUUGCCUACAGUACCAGCCCAGCAACCUGGCUUGACUUGCCAGCUGCUUGACAACAUCUUUGUUUUGCAGCCCCAGAUAAAGAAUCAAAACUGGGAGGGUUUAUCAGGCAAUGAGUCACCGUACACGGCUGAUGGGGUAUGUUGUGCAGGCCUGAUUUAGCAGCUUUGUGCCCAGGGACAUCCUUUGCAGCUGGUUGUUUGGCAUUCCCCCACAUAAUUAGCAUUUGGAACCUUCCUUGCCCUAUGGGUAAGUCAUCUCUGAUUGAGAUAGAUGCAUUGCUCUAAAGUUGCAUAUUGCUUCUGAAGGCUUUAACACACAAGUUGGCAACCCACAGCCUGCAGGCCACAUACAGGACUCGCCUGUGGCCCAGCAAAUGCCACCUCCAAAUUGUGUCAUUGUGACGGAGAGGAUGUUGUGCAGGCAGGAUCUUAUGAUGCCAGCAAGGGAAGUAGAUGCAUACAGUGUUGUGCAGGCUUUGCUGCCUAGCCCUGUCAUGCAUAGAGAGACCACAUUAGCCAAGGCAUGUUCAAAUCUUUGAGUAGUCAGAGAGGAUCUUAACAGUAUUUCAGUCAGUCCAGUGAGUUUUGAUUUCCUUUUGAACCAUCACUGAGUCAAAUCCUUGGACAUUUUAUGAAGCACAGAGCCCACAUCUCCAGCCAGUUGGGGCUUUGGGGGUUCACUUCAUGCCCCACACGACCCCUGCAUCUUUAGAUGCCACAUAGUUUAUUAUUUACUUUUUAAAAAUCUGCAUUUUGCUUUUCCCCCAAAAAAUUCAAAGUGGCUUAGAACAAUCAAAUAGACAAACAAACAAAAAAUCAAAUCCACAAAAUGCAUUAAACAACCAAACGUUACCAGCAUCAUUUUAAAAAAUGGAUCUGCACAUGUACUCCCUGAGGGAGUGGAAGUAUAAUCCUUCAGACUAUAGGAAGCAGUCACUUAAAAACAACAACUUCCAUGUUAAAUAAAUAAAAAUAGGGUGGCAACUCUCACUGCAUCUUCAAAAGAAAAAAAGACCACAGUAAAGAGAAAGCUAGAAGAAACUUUCUCCUUGUUAUGCUGGUUUUCCACUUGCAAGGAGCUUGUGCAGAUGGAAACAUUACAAAACAUUGUCUCCCACCUGCAGUUUGAAGCAGCUCCUUGUAUUGGCUCUCAUUGCCUGGGAGAGCAAUGGCAGCUGGUGUUCUUGUUUCAUUUCUGAUCACAGAUCGAUCAAGCUUACCUAUGCCAGGCAAAUUUUAAGUCAAGCCAUUUGCAGGUAUAUGCGUAGCUACAUCAUAAUCCUGCUAGAGCAAAAAACCUUUGCAUUGACCACUCUGGAACAGCUCUGAAGCACUAUACGUGAGAGGAGAGCAGACUUCCAAAGUGGGUUCCAAGUGCAGAUGUACCGGGGGAGGGGGGGAGAGAGAAGAAGUUUCAACAUUUUUCUUCUCUGUUGUAUAAAUUGCUAAUUUAUUUAAUUGCAGUGUGUCUGUGUUUUCAUCAGAUGUUUUCAAAACCUUUUUCUGAAUCUUGUCUGCCAUUUUUUGAGCCUGCCAUCCACUGUAUGCCCUUCCCAAGAUAAAAACCCAACAAGUAAACAGUACAAUUCUGUUGCUUGAUGGAGGGGACGGUGGGAAAGAAAAGCCAAAGAGUGUGCCAUGGAGGUUGAGCGUGUGUCAAAAUUCUCACAGUGGAAUGAGACUGUUCCUAUCUGCUGGCUCUGAUGUCAGAAUUUUACAAACUAUGCAGCAAAUAAGUUCUUUCUCUGCUGUUUUGUACGUGCAAGACUGCCAUCCCACUCCCCUUUUCUCCUGCCCUCACAGUGCCUUACAUACUGGCAAAAGCCAGGUUUAUUCAGAUGAUGAUAAUAAAAUAUUAUAGAUCACUAA